GCCGCCUUACCCGCGCGUCCCCGGGCCCGCCGCGGCUCCGCGGGGUUUGCCCGGCCUCCGGGGGUUCCGCUAGCGGCGCCCGCCGCGGCUGGGCCGCCGCCAUGUUCACCAGCACCGGCUCCAACGGGCUCUAUAAAGCACCUUUGUCGAAGAGUCUGUUAUUAGUCCCAAGUGCCAUCUCGAUUCUGUUGACUCUGCUCUUCCAACAUUAUCAGAAGUUCUUUGCAUAUAACCUACAAGCUAUAAAAGAGGAUUUUCAGAUUUGGAGACUUGUAUGUGGGAGAGUGAUAUGCCUCGAUCUGAAAGACACAUUCUGCAGCAGUCUGCUCAUUUACAACUUUAGAAUAUUUGAAAGAAGAUACGGCAGCAGAAAAUUUUCAUCCUUUCUACUGGGUGCUUGGACGCUGUCAGCUUUGUUUGAUCUUCUCCUUGUAGAAGCUGCUCAGUAUGUAUUUGGCAUCACCAUCAACAGCUUGCCUUCUGGUUUCUUGGGUCCCGUGUUUGCUCUGUUUGUACCGUUCUAUUGCUCCAUUCCAAGAGUGCAGGUGACACAAGUACUAGGCUUUUUUUCUAUUACAAACAAGACAUUGGUCUAUAUACUGGGUUUACAGCUCUUAACUUCUGGUUCCUACAUCUGGAUUUUAGCCUUAAGUGGAUUGAUUUCUGGGAUUUGCUACAACAGCAGUAUAUUAAAAGUUCAUCGAAUUCUUUGUGUACCCAGCUGGGUAGCAAAGAUAUUUUCCUGGACUCUUGAACCAAUCUUCUCGUCUGCGGAACCAACGAAUGAAAUCCGAGUGGGAAUGGGAGCAACAGUCGACAUCCAGAGGCAGCAGAGAAUGGAGCUGCUGGAUCGACAAAUCAUGAUGUCUCAGGUUGCCCAAAUGAGGAGACAAAGGCAGCAGCAGGGUGGGAUGAUUAACUGGAAUAGACUGUUUCCUCCUUUACGUCAUAGACACAAUGAGAAUUAUCAAGAUCAUCACCCAUCUGAUCAAGACACACCUCCACCUACCGAGGUUUCUGAAGAACAGGUUGCACGACUUAUGGAGAUGGGAUUUUCCAGGGGAGACGCUCUGGAAGCUUUGAGGGCUUCAAAUAAUGACUUAAAUGUAGCCACUAAUUUUCUACUGCAGCACUGAUGAUUAUGUGAGCGAUGAAGGAACUCUCCCCAUGGGUUUGUAUGCUCCUGAAGGGGACACAGCCACCUGCUGGACAGACUGAUGCAGGUCGGCCCUGCCGAGCCGGCAGGAAGGAGAAGUGGGCUCCGCGUGACUGCUUGGUGAAUGACGUGAGCUGUUCCCAAGCCUUCGAAUCAACCGGUGGUUUCUAUUCUGGUUAUCCUUUUCAAAGUAAAUUUAGUUUCUACUUAUUACUGGAUAUCACCUAAAUUUAUUUUUUAAAUAAAAUAGGUGGGUUUUUUUCCUUGUAAAUCAUUGUUAGACACGUUAUCGAACUGAAUGACUAAGAAAACAUGUUCCUACAACCACAACAACCAGAUUUACCCAUCAAAGAAUGUUGCGUUUUCUUUGUUUGCCCAUCUGGUUUCUCUAGCUUACAUGUUAUGUUACAGUACUUGAUUUCUGACUGCAGUAAUAAGGUGUUCGACGGUCACUUCAUGUUCAACUCACUAAAGUGUUACGAGAUUAUUAUGUCACUCCAGAAACUUUUAUUAAUGCCUGUAAUAUUUUGUUUCCUGAAUUCCUUUUUAAAUAAAAGUUGUCAUUCAGCACAUAAUAAUGCACAGAUAGGAUACAAGAAAAUUUCUAUGGCGUAUUACCAUACCAGUGGUAAGUGACCACUGUACACUUCAAUUUUACAAAUGGAGUAAAUUGCUGUUCAGACACAGGGCAUGAGGGUGCUCACUGGGAGCAAUAAAGGUGAAUUGAAUGAGACGAGGUCAGAACUGCAGUAAUUUGAAUGACACCCACGUCUGAUUCAGACAGACUUCUGUAUCAAUGGGUGUGUGCUGUCUGAUGCGCCAGGUUUGUAUUUUGAGCUGACUACAAACCAUCUUCAAGGAAUAAUAUAUAAAGCUAUCUUUUCUAUGUAGUUCCAAUUUUCUACUUUCAGAGUUGUGGGUGAUCCUCAUUUGCUGAAUCCUCUCUGUAUGAAGUAGUUAAUGGCAGAUGGAGUACCAACCAUAAGAGUGGUUCAGAGUAACACAGGAGUCAAGGGGACACUACUGCCAAGGUAGCAGUAAUGCUGGCUUUGAAGUUUAGGUGGACAGAUAAACUCGUGUGGCUUGACCCUUAGCAGUGCUCAUUGUGAGCACCUCAGGAGCUUUAGGAGGUGGAUACAACACCAAGCUGAAGUAAUAUGGUAUUCCAAACUGCAACUCCAUGAAAUCCCUCCAUACGCGUGUCCCAGGCAUUUAAUGUCAGUUGUUGUGUAUGUACUUUUGUUGGUAUGUUGAGUAUAUAUGUGUCUAUUUAUAUACAUACAGGCAUAUUUAACACAUACGUGUGUUCAGAAUAAGAUACAGGUCCUCAGGAGCGUAUGGCUAUAGUGGGUGAAAAGGGAAUGAGAUGAAAGAACACUGGAAAGAGAAGGGUGUUUGGGAAAUCUAACAGGAUGCGUGUGUUCAUAUUGGAUAUGUGUCCAGUUUCACUUUGCCUGAGUAUUUGCUGGGGAAUUACAGCACAAUAUUUAAAAACGGAGAGAUACAUUGCUUUUUUGUUGUUGAUGUUGUUUGUUUGAGGUUUUUUUUUAGUUCACUGAUAAUGGUCCUUCUGGCACCCGAGUCCUUAUCCAGGCAUAACAUCAAACUUAUUCCUCUUUAGGCACAUAACACGCUUCUGUAAUAAAAGUCAGCGUCCUGUGCAUUUGUGUGUGUCCAAGCUGGGGGUGCUUCUAUACCCAAAUGGCUGGAAACUGGCUGCCUUAGGAAGGGCAAUUGUUAGAAUACCUUCUUAAAAAAAUAUAGUAAUUCGUGUAGGCAAACAUUUUAAGUUUGAAAUAUACGGACUCUUCCUCCACGAGUAUUUUAUCAUAAUCAGCAAUAAAGACUAAUACAUUCUUUCAGAUGUGAAAUGUUCUCUGAAGGAAAUAAAGGUCUACCUUCCCUGGAUAGACUGAACAGAACACAUGGACAUGUGCCCUGUUCUGGGGACAGGCACAACAAGCAUUUCUUACAUGGAAUUUUAAAGCAUAAAAGAAGCAUCCUGGGCACAUUGGUGGAUAUUGUCCAAGUCUCAAUCCUUGACUGCUGUUAUCUAUACAGAGGGUAUCCAAAGGCCACGCUUUGGAAAGCCCCGUUUCACAACGCAUGAUCCAAACAUGAAGGGUGAAGUUCAGGUCUUGGUGAUGUCAGCUAGAAACCUGACUUCUGUAGAAGAGUUUAUUGCUCAGAAUGCUCCCAGGGCUGUGAUUUCCAAUCAGGGAAAAAAGAAAAAAAAAAAAAAGAAGUGGUGAAAGGAGGGGUCCCUGAUGCAGCUGAGCGGAGUUCCUGUUUCAUACAAGAAAGCUCCAUGCACCAGAGCUGGGGAAGACCUCAGUCUCCUCUUGAUUGUGACACAUCUGUGAGCAUGAGGAGACUGGUCCUUCCAGCCAUCACAGUGUGUGCCCAGUGCAGCUUUAAAUGUCACCAUGCAGUUCCUUUUUGAGAUGUGACACAAAGAUAUGGUUAGGCAGUGAGAUAAAGCAGAAUGCUUUUCUAUGGAGAGGAUUUUAAGUCCCUAGGUAACGGUAGCUGCUUUUCAGACUUCUCUAACAGCAUGGGAAUGUCACUGUGAAAUAACAUUGCAGUAAUUUACUGGGGACUUUCCUAGAUGGCUGUGGGACUUGGAAAUACACCCACAGUUGUUUGCAUUUGUGGAAAACUGCCUGGUGAGCAGUUCUCAAGCCCAAGCUCUUUGCUGAGAUGCAGAGUGGUUGGGCUCUGUACCUCACCCAGACUUUUCCCCCUCCCAGAGCAAAGCCCAUGUGCUGCUGAGGUGAGCAGGUGGGCGCCAGGGCUGCUACCUCCCGUGUGGUCCAGGAGCACGUGAUGGACGUCUCGUGGCUUCUGUCUGAAACAAGAACCAAGCAAGCAAACAUAGCGCAAGGCAGUAUCAUAGAAUGGGUUUAAUUUCUUGUGUUCUCCUAAAUGAGAUUGACUUUCUUUAAGCGGAUAGUCAUAGAAAUGAGUUUUAUAUAAAGGAGCAUAAGCACUGUUUUAUUAGGAGAGUCACGUGAGCACACAAGCACUAUAUGUGUAUAUGUAUGCACACACACUAUUUUAUUAUAUGUAUGUAUGAGUUUCUGUAAAGCAUACAGUGCUUGAUUUAACACAUCAUGGUAUUCUGUUCCUCCUGUGCUGGGAAGAGGGGCCUUGGCUGCAGAAAGGGCAUGCAGCUCUACAUUGAAAUUCAAGAGGUUGUGCAGCACUGGGUGCCAUCAGCCCCAUCAUGAGAUGGGGAGUGGUGGUGGGGACAAGGACUGCAUGGCUGAACUGAAGGCAGUAUCUGGCCUUCCAACCAGAGUAAAGUAGGCAAUGAACCUGGCAUCUAAGUUUAAUGAAGAAGACAUGAGUUGAGGUGGAGCUCAGAGGAACAAGAGAGAGAUGGAAUAACACGAGCAGAUCAGCAGUUUGUACAGAAAAUCCACCCAUGGUUUUUGUUGUAGGGACCUCUGCUAUGGUCUUCCACCCAUUUCACUUGGUUGUUUUUGCAUGAGGUGCUGCUUUUACCCAGGGAGGAGCACAGCAUGGUCAGUCCCAGCCAAUCCCAGAUGUGGAGCCCAGUGUCUCCCCAGCAGGUGAUGGAGUGUUGAUGGCAGCUGGUGGGGACCUGCAGGCAGGAGCUGCUCGGUGAGAGGCUGUUGGGUUUGGUUGAUGCACGCACUUUCACAUGGCAACAUCAUGGUGCCAUACAAGGAUGGGUAUCCUAGUAUGAAAUGGGGAGUUACAGGUAUGGUUUAAAGAGGAAAAGUUAGUGUGAAAAUAGAACUGUUGGAAACCCCAGGCAGGUCCCAGCUCCCUCUAUCAGCAGAAGAUGUGCUGCCAGGUGUGGCCAUGUGCUCCCUGCAGGCCAGCAGCACCCUCCCACUGCAGCCACUCCCCUGAUGUUAUCUUGGUUGGUGCCUGCAACUGCAGGCAUCCCUCAUCUGAUGGCAGCAGCAUGGCGCUGGGUGCAGGCACGUUUGCACCGAGAAGGAUGUCAGCAAGGGAACAAAAGCUGUGGCAAUGCAGUUACUGAUAGGAGCUGAUAAGAAGAGGGAUGAAAUGUUCUCAGCGAGUUCACACGAGUGAGGUGAGCAGCAGGAAACAUACAUGUCUCUGCUCUGUGCAAACGUGCUGGCUGAGGCAAGCAUUAUGCAAUGAAUGAAAUGUAGAGAAAGUGCUCUUUGCCCAUGGGGGAGGAUUCUGUGAUUGUCUCGUUGUGGUGAAAUGCCCCAUUUUCACACUUUUGCAUCAGCUGUGGAGAAGAGCACCAGGAGUCCCUCCAUGGGAGGGGACAGAGCGGAGUAACACCUCUGCUAGGGAGCCCCUCCUUGCAACCCCUGGUCCUCUGCUGGACAAAUCCACAGCCACCAACCUCAUGUGCAUGGUGGCCUGGCUCCCAGCAGGCUGUGUGCUGGGCGUCCAUACCGGGCUCCUUUGCAGUGCUCAGACCACAAAUACCCCUCAGUUACUGCCCACCAGCUCUUCCAUGCCCAUUGUAAUGUGUUUUUUGGAUACAGGCUCCCUUCAGGCCUUCAGCACUGAGGUUAGACUGCUGGGAGCAGGGCUUGGGUACUCUGCAGGACUCUGC